AUGAGUAGUUCAUUACUCUUCUCAGACAGUCUUCAUCGACUAUCAAUGCCAACAAAUUAUAUUACUAUUCAAAAUUAUGAAGAGGCUGUUUCAAUUCUUAAAUCUGUCAGAAAAUACAUGAAAUUCCAUGUAUUUGGUGUACUUAUUGAUUUUUUAAAUCAAAACGACAAGUGUUUGCGCGAAUCUACAGAAGAAAUCAAAAAACUUCAAACAGAAAUCAAAACUUUACAAAACCAAAUACAAAAUGCAGCCAAAGCAACUGCAAUUAAUGAAUCUCACAACUAUCCUAAAGAUUAUUUAACCAAAAUCUCAUCACUUAAGGAAACUAAAGGUUUUGAUAGUGUUUACCAACUCUUUGAAGAACUUUCUUCAAAUGGCAAUCAAGAAAUGAUUUCAAAGGCUGGUAAAGAAGGACUUUGGAGUUUGGACUAA